AUGUCCAUGCUGGCAGCGCCGACUGGUGCUCAAUGCUUGAAGUUAGGCUUGCUUGCACAGAGACGCGCCCCAUCUCUGCCAAUUGAGAUUAUCGACUAUGUUGUUGCAUUCAUGUUGCUGGACAGUCCGGUUUUCUCGACAAUCGAGGGCUUUUCCUGCGCUAGUCAUCGGUUUCGCCAUAUCGCUUUCAGACAAUACUUCUCGUUGCUCACUGUCAAGUCCAAGUCACACUGGCUUAAACUGUGCCAAAUACCCGGAGUCCGCACCUGGACACGGACCAUGGAUACGAUAUCCAUAGCGCUCUAUGUGAACCCAGAAAACCUUGUAACGUUUAUGAAUCUGCAUACAGUUACCAUCGACUUCGACGCGGAAGGACAGCAUACACACCACACUUCUGCGAAACUCAUCUUGUCCUGCAUGCCUCCUCAAGUUACUCGCCUCGAGCUGCUCUAUCUGCCUUCUAUCACGACCUAUCUGCUCUCUCUGGUCGCCACCUACUGCCCGCGUCUCGACACUCUGGUUCUGCGCUGCUCUGACCGCCUGCUGCCUGACUGCUGCUGGAACUGCUACGACGAAGCCGGGAGCCACACCGUCCACUCGCCGAUCCCGAACAGUUAUUGCAACGCCGAGCACCUCGCGCACGCAUUCGGCAAAGAGCUGAAGCACCUCCACAAGCUGAGACACCUGCACCUCGGCAUCUAUCUCUCGCCCCUCGACCUCUUCUACGACCACCUCGAGCACGCAGGCGACUUUCGCUUCCCGCCCACUCCGGACGUCACACCACCCUUUGGACCCGAUCUCUGUGGCGACUGUCAGGUGUUCGCCGACGAAGUGAGGCGGACGGAGCUCGUAGCUGCGGCAACACUCGCAUCACACCUGCCCAUGCUGGAAACGAUGACCUGGAGUACCUUCUUUGCGCAGAGUGGGAGGGCCGGCGACGAUCAGGCGAAGCAGACAACUACGAUCGCUAUCCUGCAGGAAGAAUGA